UGACUUGUUAAACUCAAAACAGCUUUGCUUAUGUAGCUUCAUUGACUAAAAGGUAGAUAACCAACUUAAAACCCUGUAGAAAUGGAAUUGAUGAGUAUAUCUUGGAAGAUUUCUCUUGCAGAAGAACACUGAACAACCAGUGACCAAAAAUGAAGUCUCUUCCUCUCCAUGCCUGCACUCCUAGCAUAUCCUCUGCCAUAAUCAACCGCUCAUAUUCUCUCCUUCAUUUCACAGCCUUAGUAGCCUUGUUCUAUUACAGACUCUCUUCUUUUCUAUCCUCAAAACCAAAAGCUUCACUUCCUUAUCUUCUAGUCUUUGCCUCUGAGAUGCUGCUCUCUAUCAUAUGGCUUUUUGACCAAGCUUAUACGUGGAGGCCAGUUUCUCGAACAACUUUCCCGGAAAGAUUGCCAGAGGAUGAAGAGCUUCCUGGUAUUGAUGUGUUCAUAUGCACUGCAGACCACAAGAAGGAACCACCUCUGGAAGUAAUGAACACUGUUUUGUCAGCUAUGGCACUGGAUUAUCCACCCGAUAAGCUUUCUGUGUAUCUUUCGGAUGAUGGGGGCUCAUCUUUAACAUUACAAGGUAUGAGAGAGGCUUGGUUGUUUGCCAGGUCCUGGCUUCCUUUUUGUAGAAGGUUUGGAAUCAAGAUUAGGUGUCCUAAGGUUUAUUUUUCAAGUUUGGAAGAUAAUUAUUCUGGCCCCCUUCAUUCUCUGGAAUACGAGGAGGAAAAGGAGAAGAUCAAGGGAAAAUACGAGCUUUUCAAAGAACGUGUCAAUAAAGCAGGAGAAAUUAUUGGAAGUGAAGAGGCCACAAACAGCAAAGAUCAUCCUCCGGUAAUCGAGGUGAUAAAUGAUGAGCCUAAAAAUGUUGCUGCAAUAAGACAAGCUAAAAUGCCUCUUCUUGUCUACGUUUCUCGUGAGAAAAGGCCUUCUCAUUCUCAUCAUUUCAAAGCUGGAGCACUAAAUGUUCUUCUUAGGGUCUCUGGUAUCAUGACCAACUCGCCUUACAUAUUGGUACUGGAUUGUGACAUGUACUGUAAUGACCCAACAUCUGCAAGGCAAGCAAUGUGUUUCCACCUUGAUCCAAAAAUUUCUCCCUCGCUGGCUUUCAUUCAAUUCCCUCAGAAAUUUCAUAACAUCAACAAGAAUGACAUCUAUGAUGGGCAGCUGAGAAAACUAUUCGUGAUAAGGUGGCCAGGAAUUGAUGGGCUUCAAGGACCCAUUCUGUCUGGCACUGGAUUUUACAUGAAGAGAGAAGCAUUGUAUGGCAAUCUUUCAGAGAAAGAUGUCAUGCGUCUAAAACAAUCUUUUGGACAUUCGAAUGAGUUUAUCAUGUUGAUUUACAAAAUCUAUCAAUAUUGCGCCAUCAAGAAUACAGAAUCAUCAAGCAAACUCCAACAAGAGGCCCCAUUUUUAUCCUCUUGCACCUAUGAGAAAAACACUCUAUGGGGUGAACAGAUGGGUUUCUUGUAUCAUUCUGUAGUAGAGGAUUAUUUUACUGGGUUCAUCUUGCAUUGCAAAGGGAAAACUUCUGUUUUUUGUAAUCCUUCAAAGCCAGCAUUCUUGGGCAGCUCUACCACAAAUUUGAAUGACUUGCUAGUUCAAGGAACGAGAUGGAACUCUGGGUUGUUUGAAGUUACCCUCUCAAAGUUCUGCCCUUUCAUUUAUGGCCUAUCGAGAAUGCCAUUACUUCAAACCAUGUGCUAUGGCUACCUUGCACUUCAGCCUCUCUAUUUCUUGCCCUUGUGGUGUUUAGCUACGCUGCCUCAACUUUGUCUCCUUAAUGGCAUCCCCAUAUACCCUCAGGUUUCAUCUUCAUGGUUUAUGGUCUUUUCGUUCAUUUUUCUAGCUUCUCUCUUGAAACAUUUAGAAGAGAUUCUAUCCACAGGAGCCUCGAUCCAGACCUUGUUAAAUGAGCAGCGCGUUUGGAUGAUGAAGUCAGUUACCGCCUACACAUUUGGUAGUUUAGAUGCUAUCAUGAAAUGCUUUGGCAUGAGAGAAGCCAGUUUCCUGCCAACAAACAAAGUAGCCGAUGAUGAACAAGUUGCAUUAUAUCAAAUGGGAAAACUGAAUUUCCAAGCAUCAACAAUGAUACUUACGCCAAUUAUUACAUUAAUCAUUCUGAACAUAGUUUCCUUUAUUGGAGGAGUCGCUAGGAUGUUCAUUGCAGGAAGUUGGAAUGAAACAUUUGGGCAGGUAUUCCUAUCACUUUACAUAUUGAUGGUAAACUACCCUGUAAUUGAAGGAAUGUUACUGAGGAAGGAUAAAGGACGUGUUCCCACUCCAGUCACCUUGUUGUCUCUUGUAAUCACCAUUUUCUUGUUGUGCUUGGGACAUAUGACUCUGAGUUGGUAAAUUGGCAUGGAAUCUCGUUCAUCCUAUUCCAAUAUAAACCAGCCUUUAUGAUCUCUUGUACUAUACUCACCUUGUAAGACAGCAAAAACUGAGAUUACAGGCAGCUGGGCACAACAUCAUAUUCACUCAUGUCCUCCGUAGAUAACAGUCUAUUAUUUUUAGUCCUUGAGCGGGGCAUUUUCUGGGGAUGCAGGGCAUCCUCUGGUUUGAUGCUAUACUAAUUAGUUGCUACUUAUUGCACAAGACUUUUAUCUGUUUAGGAUUUUAUGAAUUUAUUAUUCUAGCUCUGUACAACAUUAAAUUGCAAGUCCUUGGUGGUCCAAGAUCCAAGCUACAUUGAGCGAUUUGUAGAAAAGUGAGCAUAUGAAAAGCAGUCCUGUGUUCACAUGCA